AUGAUAUCACCAAAUACUGCUUCCACCCAAGAUUUCUACCAGAGAGCAGUGCUUGAAUAUGAUGGAGUUUUCAGGCACUAUGCCUACCCGAAGAGCAGUAACUCCAAUACAAGAAGCUGGAAGAUGGCAUGGUCAACUGUUUAUUACUUACCGCCAAAUAUCUGCUUGGAUAUUAGGGAAGAUUAUGGCAGUGGAGCUUGUGGAUUCAACAGUUAUUGCACUUUUGAUGAUGGGAAAAAGAGUUGCCAUUGUCCAUCUGGAUAUAGCUUCAUUGAUCCAGCUGAUGUGAUGAAAGGAUGCAGACCGGACUUUGAUUCACAAAGUUGUGAUGGAUCUUCCCCAGAAACAGAUCUUUUUGAUUUCUAUGAGAUGGAAAAUACAGACUGGCCUCUGACAGAUUAUGAAUAUUUUGAGCAAGCGAAUGAGGACUGGUGCAGACAGGAUUGCUUGAGUGAUUGUUUCUGCGCUCUUGCCAUUUUUAGAGGUGCUGGGUGUUGGAAAAAGAAGUUACCCUUCUCCAAUGGAAGGAAAGAUCCCAGUUUUCAAGCAAAAGCUCUGUUAAAGAUAAGAAAAGAUAAUUCUACCUUCAAAUGUGAGGGUCCAGUUAGAAAGAAAGAUCAAUCUAAGCUGAUUAUAGUUAUCUCCGUGCUUCUAAGUAGUUCAGUGUUAAUGAACUUGCUCCUAUUAGUGGCGGGAUUUUCAGUUGUAUACUGGUGGAGAUCUAAGAGUUCUAAGGCAAAUCAACCUAGCCAAUCCAUUGUAGGCACUUGUCUUAGAAGUUUCACUUUUGAAGAGUUGAGGAAGGCAACGAAUGGGUUCGAGGAGGUGCUUGGUCAAGGGGCAUUUUCAACUGUCUAA